UCUGCAAGGAUCUACUCCAUUUAUCGAGUAGGAUCAGUAAUCAGUAAUAUGGUGAAAUGCAUUAAUUAUGCUGCAGAUUUACACAUUUUCAAUUGAUUAUUGUACAAGUUGAAUGGUAAAUCGUUAAGUGAUUAAUUUGAAUUAAAUUUGAACCAUAAAGAUCUUAAUUUUUCGCUUCCUCUUGCAAUUUUUUUCUCUGCUUUUGUCUUUUAUUUUUGUCCUUUUAGUUGUCACUUGUUUUGAUACGCUCUACCAUCAUAAUCAUUAUCACCAUCAUCACCUCAUCUUAACUCUUUAUUCAUCAAUCUUUUUGUUUAUCAGAUUUUCGCUUAAUAUCUGAUUUUGGUUGUGUGUCAAUAAUUAUACCAUGGAAGGCCCAUCUAAUGCUGAAAGCUCUAGCAAGGAUCCUGUUAAAGAUGGUUGGAAUCCUGAUAUAAAUCAAGAUGAGGCUAUCAUUGCACAACAAAGACAGAUCGAAAAGGACAUUGCCGACAGUAUAAAACUCGUUGGGGAUAAAAUGGACCUUUCAUUUUUAUUGAGUGAAUAUCCAGAUGAAGAUGAUGUCUACAAAAAUAAAAUAAAGUCUCUCUUGAAGAAGUAUCACCUAUUACGGAGAACACGACCUGAUGGAAACUGUUUUUUCCGUGGAUUCACCUUCGCAUACUUUGAAUAUCUGAUAACAGAUGCUCAAGAGUUAGAUAGGUUCAUUGAUGUCUCUAAUAAAAUCAAAGAUGAUUUAAUUGCAUUAGGUUUUCCUUCAUUCACUAUUGAAGACAUUCAUGAAAACUUUAUGAAUGCCUUGAAUUCGUUAAAAACAAAAGAGGUUUCAAAUGAAGAACAGCUACUUAACCUCUUCAACGAGCAAGGAACUUCUGAUUAUUUGGUAGUUUUCAUGCGACUUCUAACUUCAGGCUAUUUGCAAAAAAAUCAAGAAUUUUAUUCAAGCUUUCUUGACAGUGGAUUAACCAUGAAAAAUUUUUGCAGCCAUGAGGUGGAACCAUUAAAUAAAGAAAGUGACCACAUUCACAUUAUUGCAUUGACUUCAGCAAUUGGGGUUGGUGUUUGUAUUAAUUACCUGGAUCGUGCUCAAGGUGACCAAGUGACAGUUCAUUAUUUCCCAGAUAAUUGUGAUCCUAAAAUAUACCUUCUUUAUCGUCCUGGACAUUAUGAUAUACUUUAUCUCCGGAAAGACGACGUUUGAAAAUAAUCAUCCAGUUGUCAAAUAAUACACUGAAUCGAUCGCCGGUUUAUGUUGAAUACACAUUUAAUAUCUCUUUGUCUUAUAUAGCUUUAAUGAUCCGAAUAAAGUUGCAAGACCAGCAUCAUAAUCAAUUAAUAAAUAUUCCUUUUAAUUAACAAUACUGUACACAAAUCAAAGGGGAAUUAAACCAAGUCAAAUAUUUUCAGUUAA